CGACCACAGGCAUCAAGUCGGCGGCCCACCGCCCCCUCGUCCUCAGCCUAUCUUCACUCGCCUCUCUCUCUCUCUCUCUCGUGUCUCGCGAUUCCUCUCCUGUGGCCGACGCCGCCACCCGUCCUCGUCUCCGCCUCUUCGAGAGAAGGUGAUAUGGGAAGAGGAGGGAGGGUCGUCUACAAGCGGGCGACCGCCGGACGGAGGCGUAGGCGCCGAUCCAAGGCCUCCGACGACGACGACGACGAUGACGAGGAGUACGUUUUGGGAGAGGAGGAGGAGGAGGAGAGCUCUGACGAACCCCUCGCUUCCGACGGCGAGGAAGACGAAUACGAGUUCGGCGAGUCCACCGGUGGCUCCGAUGAUGAUGAUGAGCUGGAGUUCUUGGCGCCGAGAUCGAAGCCCCGAAAGGCCCCUUCCAAACCCAAGAGGAGGGUGAAGAAAUCUAGGGUUUGGGAUGACGAUGACGACGAUGAUUACGAGGAGGAGGAGGAGGAGGAGGAGGAAGAAGACGACGAGGAGGAGGAUCGAGUGGAUUUUUCGAUUCGGAAGAAGGGGGAGAGGAGGAAGAAGGCUGGGGUUAGAUCUCGCCGUCAGAAGCCUAGGGCUUGGGAUUCUGAGGAAGAGGUAAGGGAGGAAGAAGACGAUGAUGGGGAUGAGGAUUUCUCGCCCGAUGAGCAAGAUUUUGAGGAUGAAGAGGCAUCUGUGAUUUCGGAAUUUAAAAGGAAAGGAGGAAAUCCGAAGCAAGGUGGGAAGAAGCGGAAGCCGAGGGCUUUGAAACGAAAGAAAGGGAAAAGGAGCAGGCCACACAGAUCUGGCGAAGAUGAUGAUUUCAUAGUGAAAGAUCGUGUUGCGGUUGAUAGAAAGUCGAAAAAACCUAAGGAAACAGGGAGGAGGAAAGUCUCAACAUCGUGGGCUAUCAAGAAUAAGUCGCCAGUGGAAUCAGAUACAUCCGAUUUUGAUUUUGUAACUUCAGAUGAUGAUUUCAUGGAGGACACGGUUUUGUUAAAUAGACCGGAGAUUAACAACAAACAUUUCAGGAAGACAAACACAAAAAGAAAACGGGGAAAGGUUAUGGUCUCGUCUGAUAAAUCAGAGUCUUCUUUAGAUGGUGAUUAUAUGAUUUCUGAGGAAGAAUUAAGGGAUCUGGGAGUUGGUGGGGUUUUGGAUCAGCCUCAGCUGAAGAGGAUAUCUGCUGGAAUGAAGGGCGACAAGAAGGGCAAGGAGAAAGAAAACGAUGAGCUGGGGAAGCCGCUCUGCGGGAUCUGUUUAUCAGAGGAGCAGAGGAUGACAGUUCGAGGAGUGUUGAAUUGCUGCACACAUUAUUUCUGCUUUGCAUGCAUAAUGGAAUGGUCAAAGGUUGAGUCACGAUGUCCUGUUUGCAAGCGGAGGUUUGGGACCAUUACCAAGUCAUCAAGGUCAGAUCCAGGGUUUGGGUUGCGGAAAGCAGUUAUAAAAGUUGAAAAGCGUGAUCAGGUCUAUCAACCUUCUGAAGAAGAAAUAAGACGAAUGAUGGAUCCUUAUGAGAAUGUAGUAUGUAUAGAGUGUCAUCAAGGUGGAGAUGAUAGUCUCAUGUUACUCUGUGAUAUCUGCGAUUCACCUGCACACACAUAUUGUGUUGGUCUUGGAAGGGAAGUACCAGAAGGCAAUUGGUACUGUGAAUGCUGUAGGUCUGCUGGUGAUGGUUCAUCAUAUUUGCAAAAUGAGCGUAUUGUGACUGAUCAAGCAGCAAACGGUAGUGAUUUUUUGGUCACUCCUGUUAGAAUGGAGGAUGUUGCAGUUCGUGAUAAUACGAAUUUGCAGAGAUCAAGUCAACCUUCCUUGCAAGAAAUUGAUCUGAAUGUCUCUCCUAGGUCGGUGGAAGAUUAUGGAUCUACAUCUCAGUUUUUUGGAGCUGGGGCAGCGACUCUUUCUGGAAGACGUGCAAUACAUCAACGUAUACGCAUUUUGUUGUCCAACAGUAGACCAAGGCAGAUCUCUGCAGAAACUGAUGUGCUUCGUGAGAACAUGGCAAGUGGUGUUAUGACAUCAGAAGUAAGAGAAAGUGGGGAAAGCCUACAUAGUUCUCAGGGGUUCAGUUCUUGGAACAGGGGGUCAGCUGCUGAACAGUGCCAUCACAACAAUAGGCCUUCUGUUCAGUCUAAUGCUAAUUUGGUUCAAUGUGCAACUGAAAGCAGUAGUUUCCAACAUGUGAAUGGUGCCAAGGAACAAGUCCACUCCAUGGUAAAAAGCCAUUUAAAAGAACUAUCCAGCGGUUCUCCACUUGUGGCUAUGCUGAUGUGCUUUUGGGAAUCUUACCAAGUUUUGCGUGCAGCAGCACAUAACUUGGCAUGCACGUGAGCGAUUCUUUUUCAUCAGGCUGAAUGGCGCUGUCGUCACCUUUGCCCACUGUGGUUGCCUCCUCCGCGACCUUCGGCUGCCCCCUUCGCCUCCCAGCGUUGCCACCGCUUCUCACCGACAGCAGGGAGCUCUUCCUCCUCGCCAUCGUUGUCCUCCAGGUUGCUAGUGGCACCCUCGGGCCUCGCUCAUGGGGCCACCCCAUUUCAACCCCAAUCGUAGCCUUGCCUUUCGUCGCUCCCCCUUCCUUAUCCCUUUUCGGUGUCGCUCUCCUCCGCUCCCUCUUUCUUUCUCGCGAUCCAAGAGCUCCAUCCGCAAGGAUUGCACCGUUAACACCAUCACCAUGAGGAGGAAGAGCUCCCUACCGCUAGCAAGAAGGAGCAGGGCGGGGUGACGACAGUGCUGGAAGGCGAAAGGGGGCCAACUGGUGUAGGACGGGGCGGUGGCCGUGGCGUUGGAACGCGGAGGGUGGAGCCGAAGGUCGUAGAGGAGGAGGUGGCGGCGUCGAGGAGGGGCGGGGCGAAGUCGGAGGGGGCGACGCCACUCGCUGUGGUAACAAGGGUCGAGGCGACAGGCGACGCCGCUUGUGAUGGGCGAAGGCGACAACCAUAACGAUCAUGGUUGCCGACUGACGGUCUCCCUUCGUUUUCUUUCUCUUAUUAUUAUAUUUCUUUUGUUCUUGUCUUAUGUGAAUAAUAUAAGAAUAUAUAAA